GCAAAACCCACUUACACGGGAAUGAGCUCAGAUAUGACUGACGGGAGCCACUUAACGCGCCUCACUCCCGACUUGCUAUGCCGCAUUGCCAGCUUUCUGCAUCCAAAUGAGGUCGCGGCCAAUCUCAAGCUCGUAAACCGCGAGAUCUCACUGAUCCUGCGCGGCGGGCCGUACAGCGUCCUGCAACUGUGCCAGCACCGGUCACACCGCCAGACCACCGUGACCGUGGCCCAGAACCCCUGGCCCGGCAUUGACUUCGUGGCGCACUGGGGCCAGCCCGAGCCCUGGCAGUCCCUCACACUGCCGCAACGCCGCCGGCUGUUGUGCCUAGCCGCCUCCAGCCAACAUGCGCCCAGCCUUGACGCCGCGCUAGCGCACUGCCGCGUACCCGAACCGGCGUGCGUGGAGGUGCUGGAGGCCGCCGCGGCAGCUGGCGACGUCGCCACAUGCGAGCGUCUGCUGCCAUUAUGCCUCGGCGUACACAACUACUCGGUUGAGUUGGCCGCGUUAGCGGCCGCCCAGGAGGGACAGAUCGCUGUGCUCGAGUGCUUCUCAGCGCACGGCUAUGCGGCGGACGGCAGCGGCCUGGGCGCCCCAGCGAGGGCCGCGUGCUAUGCGGGCCAGGCGCAGGCGCUGGCAUGGCUUGUGCAGCGCUACCCGCUAGGCAGGUACGAUGACGGCCACGCAUGGGACCUAGCCACAGCGGCUGCGGAGGGUGGGCAUGCAGACCUGGCCCACCAGCUGCUGGCAAGCCACGCCCAGCCCGCGGCAGCCGUGGCGGCCUCCUCAGUGGGCAUCCAGAAGCAGAGGCUCCAGAGCCUCCUGGCCGGCCUGGCAUUCGGCUGCCCACUACCCGCCUUUGAGCGCUUCCACAGCUACUCACCCGCCGGCUGGAGCUGGGUGCUGGACAGCGCCACAGCGGCCGGGGCUGUCCUGUCAUCCACCAUGAGCAGUGCGACGCUCGACUGGGACCGGAAGCUCGCCUGGCUUCAGGAGCGGUGCAGCAGAGGCGCUUGCAGCAGCGCAAGCAGCAACCGUGGCAGCGCCGAUGCCGAUGCCGGCGCCGGUGUGCCACCCGUGGCAUUGUUCGGCGGCCCAGCCGGCGGCAUCAGCGUGCACAUAGGUUGGCCCGUGGCGGCCACACGCCCCGAUUUCGCCCAGCGGCUCCGCGCGCUGCACGCCAUGGGGUUUACGUUUUCUGGCAUGGCGGCGCAGGAGGUUGCUGAGGCUGCCGCGCGGCAGGGUAACAUGGAGGCUCUGAUCUUCGCCCUUGAGACUCUGGGCGGGCGUGUGACGACUCCCGUCGUGAGUGCGGCGGUGUCGGGUGGCGAUCUGCAUGUCCUGCAGUUCCUGCGACAGCGCGGAGCGCGCUUCACGCCGCGGGACGUCAUCACGGCCGCUGGGUACGGGCGGUGGGCUGCGGCGCAGUGGAUAACGGACGCCGCCGUGGAGGACAGUGAUUAUGGGGGCAAUGAUGACAUGCACGAAGAGGUGGUCUGGGCGCGGGUGCUUUCACAUGUGGCGAGGUCGGGCGCGCCGCUGUCGCUGCUGCAGCACCUGCACUCGGAGGCCGGAGCGGCGGUGGACUGCGCGGCAGUGGCCGCGGGUGGCAGUCUGAACGCAGAGAGGUGGGCUGCUUCAGUUGCGGGUGCAGGGCCUAGCACGAAGGUGGGCUCGUAGGCGGGCCACUUGGCGUUCAGGGUCAAGGGUGUGAAAGGGUGAUGGAAGGGUGGAGUCUAGGUAGUGAAUCGACAACCUACAGCUGGUUGUGGGAGAGCGGAUGGACAAGACCCCCUGACUUUGGCAUACAGAUAGACAGCCUUAGCCUUGUGUUUAGGCUUGUAUGCUGACGUAUAUACAUUGGCCGGUAGAGGGCUUGCCGUGAAGGCUUGCGCAGCAGGUGCGGCGGCCGUCGCAAGCAGGCGGCUGGAGUGCACAUGCGUGACGACGGUGGUGUUGGGAUACGGUACCAAAAGUUUUACACGUGUGGGUGUCUGUGGCAGCGGCGGCGGCGGCGCAGGACCUGGCGGCGGCGCAGGACCUAAGCCCAGCAGUGGCGGCGGUGGCGGCGUGCAUGUGCGUAGCAGAGGGGGCAGGCAAGGCCACAUGGAGGAGGAGAGCGUGGCGCCGCGUGAGAAGCGGCGCCGGCGCGCAGGUCGAGAGCUGCCGGUGUCUGGUUUGCAGUCUUUGCUGGCGAGCAUAGCGUGGCACGGUGUGGGGUAGAAUUUAUUGCUGUUUGUUGCCUGUUGUGCUUGUGCUUGACAGCGGGACGUGGCUGGAUGCAUGGCGGGCAGUGCCUAUACGAACCGACCCCGGCUAUGUGUCUGGGAGGUGAGGUAGACGCUUGCGGCCUCAGACUGGAGACGUG